AGACAGACAGACAGACAGAUAGACGGAGAAAGAGAGAGAGAAGAGAGAUCGUGUGAGAAAGGAGUGCGAGAGGAAAAGAGAAAGAGAGAUUGGUUUCUAGCCCUGUGUCUCUCCUUCUCCCCCGCCGGUGCCGAUGUUCGUGUGGGUGAGUGGCUGACUCGUGUGGUAGGGGGUAGAGAGACCGUCGCCGGGGGGUGAGAGGAGAAAUAAUUAAUGUGCGACCGUACCUCUCCCCUUGCAGUACAGGGCACCCCUCCCCCCUCGCACUCCCUCCCACCCUCCCUCCCUCCCUCUCCCCCUUCCCCAUGGUCUUGUACCGCUACGCUUAGCUGCCAUUGUGCCGAGACGCUACUUCCGAAGCAUCAAAUUCAAUUCUUCGAUUUUCGUGCCGCGCCACCGGAUUCCUCGUUCGUGGCGAGAAUUCUGGCGAGAAGAUCAAAAGGGGGAGCAUACACGCGACUAUCGUCGUAGUGCUGCCGGGCGGCCGAGCAAAGCGCGCCAAUAUCCUCAUCUUGUGUAUGUACGAAUCCCGAGCAACCGAUAUACACUCUCUUCCUUGAACGCUUUGAAUAUCACGGAGGGAGGUUAGGUUAGGACAUUGCUUCCGUGGACAUCGGCCGAUGCGCCUUGCGAUUGUACAUGCACACGAGUAUGGCCCUUUUCAUCGCGCGAAUUUCAUUAUCGUGUGCGAAUAAUUGAUCUCGUUACCCGGUGGUGGAUGCUCCUUGUACUUCUGCCUGUGUUGUGAUCGCGCCCUUUGCGAAUCGCAAGACGCCGUGUUCGAGACAUCUCGUAAAUAAGCGAAGGGAACGAGCGGAGAGCACGAUGCUCCGGUGCAUAUGAAACAAAGAUUUUGCAGCAGUAGCAGGAGAAAUUCUCCAUCGAUCACUGUUAAUUCUGGUGAUGUAGGAGUUCCAUUAGAUUUAGGUGUUCAUUUUUCUUCGAAUCCUAAUGUGGACAACAACAUGCCAGAAGCACGUAACAUUCAGAAUGCAGCAAGAGGCAUUUUGGCUCCUAAGUCUGGGGAUGAUAGGAAAACACGCCGUAAUCUUAGACCUAGAAUUGAAAUAAGUUAUGCAGAAAGUCCUGAUGAACGUAGAAUAAAUGGUUAUGUGAAUGGAAAUGCAGACAGUGAUGAAGGUGAUAUGCCUCCUUUGCCUCCAAUAAAAGAAUUAUCAUCAGACGAAUUGGCAGAACGUGAAAGAACACUCAGAAAAUUAAGGGAGGAUCUUAGAUCUGAGGAAAUGAAAUUGGUAUUAUUGAAAAAAUUAAGGCAAUCUCAACAACUAAAGGAAAACAUUGCUGCUGUGCCCAAAGUUCCAACUAAAUUACCUCCUCCGGUUACAGUACAACCAGCCCCUCACAGUAACGUGCCUGUUUCCAGUCAUAGGACAGGCAAGGCACCACCACCUUUACUCAGAGGACAACCUGCACCUAGCAGAAGUAGUAGUUUACAUGCACCACCACCUGGAAUGUUAUUACCACCCACAGUUGGACGCAGUUCUACUUCUAGUACUGGAAUGCCACCCAACAUGGUCAUACCACAACCACCUCAUCCUAGAGGCAGGCCACCUAGUGCAACGCCCAAUGUAUCAAAUUAUCAUGCACCUGCGGAUAGAACUGAAAGAUCUACAAAAGAUCCAACACCCACUCCAGCACAUCAAGAGAGACCAAGGGAUGAUAAUCAGACACCGGCACAACGUCAGGCAGCUGCUAAAUUGGCUUUAAGAAAACAACUUGAGAAGACGUUGUUACAAAUACCGCCUCCUAAACCUCCACCACCGGAGAUGCACUUCGUGCCAAAUCCAUCUAAUACGGAAUUCAUAUACUUGGUGGGUCUAGAGCACGUAGUUGAUUUUAUCACUAAAGAACCCGCUAUCCCACCUCCUCCGGAACCAUUUGAGUGUACUCAAUGCAAAACGGAUUUCACACCCGUGUGGAAAUGGGAAAAGCCUGUAACGGGCGGUAAAAAAGAAGGUCCACGAGGGCAGCAUGCGACGUUUCAAAGACCUCCGGCAGGUCGUGAUCCUCGAGUCAUAUGCGAACAUUGCGUUACGACCAAUGUUAAAAAGGCUCUCAAAGCAGAACAUACUAAUCGGUUAAAGACAGCGUUUGUGAAAGCGCUACAACAAGAACAAGAAAUAGAGCAAAGGUUGGCUCAAGCAGCAUGUCCAAGUCCAGAUCCACCAGCUCCUAAACCAGUUCCUAAAGCAGCUACUCCUACAAGAAGAGUAGCAACACCACCAGCUCCUCCACCACAAGUCCCACCGGCACCAACGCUAGCGCCAACCCCACCAGCACCCAAAUUACAAGAACAUCCUCUUGUCAAAUUGGCAGAAAGUGGAAAAUUCAGUCCACAUCAUGCUGCUGCGGCUGCUUUACAGCAACAAUUGCUCAGAGAACUGGCAAAAAACCCAGUACCAGGUCUACCACCUCAUCAACCUCUUCCAGCUCACAUGAUGCCACCAUUUACAUCUAUAUUAUAUCCUUAUCAACUAGCAAUGGCGCAGGCUGGUGGAAAAGGCCUGGCAGAAUUACAACGACAAGCAGCAGAUUUACAACGUCAAUAUUUGCUUGAUAUGAUUCCGUCGCAAGCAUCGCAGGCACAGGGUAACCAGGCUCCACCUCGAGCUCAUCCACAUAAUUGGAAGACGUAACCAGACGCAUUUAAAAACCGACCAAUGAACACAAAUAAAUGAAAUAAUUGCUAAAGUUGUGUUAAAGAAUAUCGAGGAGAAAAGAUACUCCUAUUCUUUUGCCACGUACUAAAUGAAGAUUUUUCAAUGAAUUGUGAAAGUCAUAUCUUCAUGACACUUUUAGGAUAAUGUAUCAAUCUAUGUAAGAUUGGUAUUUUUAUUUACAACGUGAAGCUCAAAACUUGGAACAAUGGGACAGACACUUCCUGUUAUUAUUGUGAAAAUGAAUGGAUUUUAACUUUCAUUUUGUGAAUAUGCAUAGACGUGUGAGUGAGCAAGUCUUGAUUGUUACCCGGAGGGUUCGAUGUUUUGUCGUCUCGAACAUCCUAAACUUUCAUUUAUAACAUACGAAUGAUAAUUAUCGUAAUUUCCUUGGUGGUUUCAAAGAGAGAGAAAGUGAAAUAAUGAUCACAAUUUAUCCCGAAUGCCAGAAAACGAACAGAUCUUUUGAUUGGUUUUUCCCAGGAAGGAGCAAUAUCUGUUUUCUUCUUUUCCGCAUUACCCUAUGUUGAUAUUAACAGUACUACAAAGGAAUAAUAAAUGAAUGUCAAUCAGUUGAAGCAACUGCAUAAUAACGUGGACGCACAUAAUUGAAUAUAAUUACUUCAAUUAUUACAUUAUAUAUAUUAUAUAUACAUAAAGAACCAAGUGGACAUUUAUAAGGCACUAAGGACAGUAAUAAGUGUUCGUGAUCAUAAAAAAGUUGGUUGAUCCACGAUAGUAGAGAUAAUCGGAAAGGGAGAGAAUGAACGAAUGAACGCGAGUGAGAAAGAGAAGGGCGCAGAGAACACGCAUAAGCAUGUAGUGUAAAGCAACAAUGUUGGGGAAAAAAGUGGAAUCUUUUUUUAGAUUCUUCGUAUAUUAUAGUUAAGCCAACUUCUGUCGCUAGUUUGAAUAAUUUUUUUUUUGACCAUCGGCGGUACCUGUUCUAUAUAUAUAUAUAUUUCU